AUGAGUCAAAGCUCAGGAAAAAAUCAGCAUGUUGCAGUUUUGGCAUUUCCAUUUGGCUGCCAUCCCUGGCUUUUACUCAACCUAGCUUCCAGAUUAGCAUCGGCCGCCCCUGACGUGCGGUUCUCCUUCCUCAACACUGCCAAAUCCAACCAAAACCUCUCUGCCACCUCAGGAGCUCACCUCCCACACAACCUUAAAUCCUACGAUGUUGCGGAUGGCGUGCCAGAGGAACAUGUCCUCACUCCCGGGAAUCCCCUCGAGGAACUGGAGCUGUUCCUUGAGGCAACACCUGAGAGCUUCCGGAAAGGCAUGGAUAUGGCGGUGGCUGAGACUGGGCAGCAAAAGAUCACCUGCAUCUUGAACGAUGCUUUCUUGGUCUUUGGCUGCGAUAUGGCUGCGGACAUGCAUGUAAAGUGGGUCCCUGUAUACGUUCCCGCACCCUACGAACUCUCUGCCCACAUUUACAGUGCUCUCAUCCACGAGACUUCUGCUAAAGCUUGCGGUGGCGGUGAAGCUCAUGGUAAUGGCGGUGCAGUGGGAGAUCCAAACCCUAUUGACAAAACCCUAGAUGCCAUUCCUGUUGAAUAA